UAAAAAAUAGAGGAAAGUUUCAGCAUAUGACACUAUCUGUAAUCGAAGGUUAGAAUUACAAGUGAACACAACUUUAUCUCAUUUCUCAACCAUACAACUCACACCAUUCAUCCCCUGCCUAUUAUCUUUCAAAACAAAAAACAUCUACCUCAUUCUCCACUAAGCAUUGCUAAAUUUGUUGAAUUAUCACCAAAAAGGAACAGAACAAAAAUGUUAGCCUCUGCUAGCUUAAAUUGUGGAGGAGCAAGAUGGUACAAUGUUCAAGAACAAAGAAGGAAGAAGAUGAUAGCUAAUGUUAGAAGUAAAAGGGUAGUGAGGUGCAGUUUGGGGAUAGGAGAUUUCAUUGGUGGAGAUUUGGUUAAAUUUGAUAUUGGACGUUGGCUUUCAGAUGUUGAACAACAUAAAGCACUUGCAAUAUAUACUCCUCAUGAAGGUGGUUAUGAAGGACGUUAUUUGUCACGUCUUCAACGUCAAGGUUACUAUUUUCUUGACCUUUCAGCUCGAGGUCUUGGUGAUCCUGAAACUACUCUCACCAAAGUUCACCCUGUUUGUCCUGCUCAUUUAGGAAAGCAACCAAUAGCAAGAUGGUAUUUCCCACCAGAAGUUGAUUACAGAUUGGAAGCAUUACCACCAAAUGCUAAAGGACUCGUGGUUUGGAUUAUUGAAGCCAAGGUUCUCUCCAAGGCAGAACUGCAAUUCCUUGCUCUGCUGCCUACACUAAGGCCUAAGGUCAGGGUCAUUGCUGAAUGUGGAAAUUGGAGAAAGUUUAUGUGGAAGCCAUUAAGUGAAAUUGCUGGACUAACAACUAGUCAGGAGGCUUGAUGAUGAUGAUGAAGCAUUGCUACUUAUCAUUGAUGAUUAAUUUUCCAACCAAAUAAGAACUUCCAAUUGGAGGCAAAAAGAUUUAUAAGGAUAAAUGAAGUUCAUUUGUAAAUAAUUAGAUCUGUCACAAUGAUGAGUGAUAUAUAUGUACAUUCUCCAUCAAAGAUGGUAUUUAGGAAAUUCGAUUUCAACAAAACUUUUGUAAUAUAUUUAACUAUUGCACUUAUCAUGCAUGGACUGUGUUUCAUUGCUGAAGGAACGUUGACAAAGUUA